AUGGCAGAAAGAAAUCGUACCGACCAAGAAGAGGCCAAGGCAACCGGUAGCAAGCCGGAUAGCGCGAAUGACACCAGGCACCUCAACGUCUUCAGCGGCCUUCACAGGCAAUCCCUCAUCCAGGCCGCAUACGGCGCCAUCUGCGCCUCCCAACCCGAUGACAAAGUCGACAACUUCGACUUCGACGCACACUACAUCCUCAUCCAAGUCCGCCGUCGAUACCGACCUGGCUCUCACUCCGGCGGCGACCCGAGUAAAUACUUCCGCGUCGUUCAAGGCGGCCUCAGGCCUCGCGAGGAACUCAAUGUGCUGCUCAAUAGGCAGACCACUGCGAAUUCAACCUUCUGGGCUGACCUCCCUCAGCACCUUGCCAAUCUGGACAAACACCACCGUACUGUGGCGCCGGAUGAUCAUCAGGAAUGUAUCGGCGUCAUUCCGUGCUGUUUCGCGAUUGAGGGCUCGGGCGAGCAUGUGAUCGUUGGGUAUAUGCUGAAGCACGAGUAUAUUCUCAAAUAUGUGCGGGGGAACAAUUGGGAGCUUCCAGAGCGUCGUCACGACCGUUGGCUCGAGUGGCUGCAGGAGAAGGUGGAGUUGGGACAUGUGUUUCAUCAUAUGAAGGGUUUGGAGAAUAAGGCAAUACUGGAUUUUGGGAAGAUGGUCAAGACGAAGGGGAAGUGGACGUGGGUGGCGUUUACGGAUGAAGAAAUAGAGCAGUACGGGUACCAUCAUCUAGUAACCCUUUCGUUCUUGAUUCAGGGCUACGCCAACUUCGUCCGUAUUCGAAGAGUGAAAGUGGCUGUAAUGGACACGGAAGUCACUAGUGAUGCUGGUCUUCCCAAGAUGUAUCACAAAGACGACAAAUGUUCGAAUUGUGGAACACCGCCGAAGGCCGCGACGGGCAAACACAGGUGUUGCAAACGCUGCAGGACCGUCGUAUAUUGCGACAAGGCCUGUCAGAAGUCUCAUUGGAGACAACACAAGCCUCUUUGCCUCUGGCAGCAGGAGCAGCACGCAAUCCUAAUGGAGCGUGGUGCCGAAGGCGCUGCUUCCACCCUUGCAGCGAAAGACCUCGAUGACUUUGUACACGCACACAAUCAUUCUUUUCAUCAGGCGGCUUAUGCCGCUAUCUGCGACUUCCACUACAAGCUCGUGAUGACCACGACGGAUGACCCGACUCGAUUCUUUCAUAUCAUGACAGGCGCAAUUCGACCUCGCGAGAUGCUCUUCGCGUCCUCCCCGACACAGCCACGGGACCUGUUCGCCAAUAACCUCGUCGAAUUCGACAAGAAGCAUAGAGCUAUUCCUGGCAAACCGUGUAUCGGUACCGUUCCUUGCCACUUCGAAGUUGUCGACAUAGAUCAGCAUUUGAUGAGCGCCAUCAUGCUCACGAAGGACUCGUUCUUGGAAGCAGUACGAGAGAAGAACAUCUGGCCAGUCCCCGAACCACGUCACGAUCUGUGGUUCUCCCAGUUGCAACAAAAGGUCUUGUUGGGACAUGUGUUCAAGCCUAUAGAGGGCUAUGAGGGCUGGGUAUCGGACAUAGGGAAGAUGGUGAAGAAGAGAGAAAAGUGGAGUUGGUUGUCUUUGACGUGGGAAGAGGUGGCGACGUACAGUUAUCAUCCUACUCUAAGCGGCCUGGUAUAUUAA